CCCCUCAGUCGCCGCUGCCGGCCUGCCUCGCCGCCCGCACGCUCCGCCGCGGUCCCGCAGAAAUGCUUCGAUUACCCGCAGGCUUCCGUCAGAUCAGGCCAGUGUCCAGAGCCCUGGAUCCUCAUCUCACUCGGGCCUUUGCCAAGGAUGUAAAAUUUGGUGCCAAUGCCCGAGCCUUAAUGCUUCAAGGUGUAGAUCUCCUAGCCGAUGCUGUAUCCGUUACUAUGGGGCCAAAGGGAAGAACAGUGAUUAUUGAACAGAGUUGGGGAAGUCCCAAAGUAACAAAGGAUGGUGUGACCGUAGCAAAGUCAAUUGACUUAAAAGACAAUUAUAAAAAUAUUGGUACUAAACUUGUUCAAGAUGUUGCCAACAACACACACAAAGAGGCUGGGGAUGGCGCCACUACUGCUACUGUCUUGCCAUGCUCUAUUGCCAAGGAAGGCUUCGAGAUGAUUAGCAAAGGUGCUAAUCCUGUGGAAAUCAGGAGAGGUGUAAUGUUAGCUGUUGAUGCUGUAAUCGCUGAACUUAAGAAGCAGUCUAAACCCGUGACAACCCCUGAAGAAAUUGCUCAGGUUGCUAUGAUUUCUGCAAAUGGAGAUAAAGAAAUUGGCAACAUCAUUUCUGAUGAAAUGAAAAAGGUUGGAAGAAAGGGUGUCAUCACACUAAAGGAUGGAAAAACACUGAAUAAUAAAUUGGGAAUUAUUGAAGGCAUGAAGUUUGAUCGAGGUUAUAUUUCUCUAUACUUUAUUAAUACAUCAAAAGGUCAGAAAUGUGAAUUCCAAGAUGCCUAUGUACUAUUGAGUGAAAAGAAGAUUUCUAGUGUCCAGUCCAUUGUACCUGCUCUUGAAAUUGCCAAUGCUCACCGUAAGCCAUUGGUCAUAAUUGCUGAAGAUGUUGAUGGAUAAGCUCUGAGUACACUUGUUUUAAAUAGGCUAAAAGUCGGUCUUCUUGUGGCAGUCAAAGCUCCAGGUUUGGGUGACAAUAGAAAGAACCAGCUUAAAGAUAUGGCUAUUGCUACUGGUGGUGCAGUGUUUGGGGAAGAAGGAUUGACUCUAAAUCUCGAAGAUGUUCAGCCUCAUUACUUAGGAAAAGUUGGAGAGGGCAUUGUGACCAAAGAUGAUGCCAUGCUUUUAAAAGGAAAAGGUGACAAGGAUCAAAUUGAAAAACGUAUUCAAGAAAUCAUUGAGCAGUUAGAUAUCACAACUAGUGAAUGAAAGGAAAAGCUGAAUGAACGUCUGGCAAAACUCUCAGAUGGAGUAGCUGUGUUGAGGGUUGGUGGGACAACUGAUGUUGAAGUGGAUGAAAAGAAAGACAGAGUUACAGAUGCCCUCAAUGUCACAAGAGCUGCUGUUGAAGAAGGCGUUGCUCUGGGAGGGGGUUGUGCCCUGCUUCAGUGCAUUCCAGCCUUGGAUUCAAUAACUCCAGCUAAUGAAGAUCAAAGAAUUGGUAUUGAAAUUAUUAAGAGAACACUCAAAAUUCCUGCAAUGACCAUUGCUAAGAAUGCAGGUGUUGAAGGAUCAUUGAUAGUUGAGAAAAUUAUGCAGAGUUCCUCACAAGUUGGUUAUGAUGCUAUGCUUGAAGAUUCUGUGAAUAUGGUGGAAAAAGGAAUCAUUGAUCCAACUAAGGUGGUAAGAACUGCUUUAUUGGAUGCUGCUGGAGUGGUCUCUCUGUUAACUAUGGCAGAAGUUGUAGUCACCGAAAUUCCUAAAGAAGAGAAGGACCCAGGAAUGGGUGGAAUGGAUGGAAUGGGAGGUGGUAUGGGAGGUGGCAUGUUCUGA